GGGUGAGAACAAAGGCAAGAGGAAGCUCCUUUAGCAUGUCUGUGUCCAUUUGGGGACAGUAAAGGAACCCAUUCAAAGUGGUCCCAACGUCUCAACAUACAAACAGAAGAAAUGCCAAAUGCCACCCACCCCAACGUUGCCAGAUGUGAAAGCAUGGAGCUGGACGAUAAAAUCUGCGAUCUGAUUGAGAGGAACGCCUCUCCUGAUCUGAAAGCGGCCAUGCAGAGUCACAGAAAUUCGUGUUCUCCGAAGACUCCAGGAAAAACAGCUUCCAUGGCACAUUUUGGACAGGGCCCAACUAGAAUGAGUGCAGCAGAAAAUUCUACGGAGCACGCAGAGUGGACUCAAUCAUCAAGAAGAAAGAACUUGACAAAUCCUCUUGAGGAAAAGAUAAGGUGCUUGGAAAAACAAAGAAAAGAGCUCCUGGAAGUUAACCAGCAAUGGGAUCAGCAAUUUAGAAGUAUGAAAGAGUUAUAUAAAAGAAAGGUCGCAGAGCUGCAAAUGAAACUGGUCGCCGCAGAAAGAUGCCUCAGCACACACGAGAAGGAGCGGCAGCAGAGUCAGAGAGAGAGCGACGGACAGCGCGACGCGGCCCGGGAGCGGCGACAGCGCGAGGAGAAGGAAAAGGAGAGUCUCAAUGAAGAAUUACACGAAUUGAAGAAAGAAAAUAAGCUCUUGAAGGAAAAAAACGCUCUCGCGAACAAGAAGAAGGAGCAUUAUGAAUGUGAAAUAAAACGCCUCAAUAAGGCUCUUCAGGAAGCCUUGAAUAUCAAGUGUUCUUCAUGUCCUGAGGACUGUUUGGGAAAGUCUGAAAUGGAGUGCUGCCAUGAGGAGAUGAGAACAGAAAUGGAAGUUCUCAAACAGCAGGUACAAAUAUAUGAAGAAGACUUCAGAAAGGAACGAUCAGACAGAGAAAGACUCAAUCAAGAGAAAGAGGAGCUACAGCAAAUUAAUCAAACUUCUCAAUCCCAGUUGAACAGGCUGAAUUCUCAGAUAAAAGCUUGUCAGAUGGAGAAAGAAAAACUAGAAAAACAAUUAAAACAGAUGUGUUUCCCAACCUGUCGCUGCAGCCUGGGUUUCCACCUGCAGGAUCCAUGCGUUCCAACGGGGCCCAGGGCUGUGCAGGACCUACAGAAGCACCCACCGGACUAUCAGUGGUAUGCUCCUGACCAGUUUCCGCCAGAUGUGCAGCAGAAGGCAAUUGGUUUCUCCUCAGAGAAGAAAGUCAAUCAGUAGAAGCACACAGCAGAGGAGCGCGCGGACAGAGGGAGAGCUCAGCGGAGGGCCCUCGUUUUUCUUUUCAGUGUGGCUGUGUCUGCCACAAUUGCACAUCGUCUACUCCAUUAUUUGUGUCUGGUAAUGUUUCCCUCUGGCAUGGAUAGAGGAAAAGGCUUGUGACAACUGAGGUCCUGAUCCAGUCGGAGGAGCCGCUAUUAUUAACUAAACGCAACUUCCAGUUGUCUCGAAAUGAGACUUGGCAGAUGGAUUAUGCGCCACUUCUUGAAACUCUCUUCAGCACAUUGCCGUUGGAUUUGCAGAGAUGAUUUCACGAUUUCAGCAACUCCACUUCUAGUGCAAUGCUAUUGUAUGUUGAUUUCACUGUAUAUUCCCCGGGGGAACAGUUUCUGGAGUUGUAAAUUUUUGCUCCCAUUAUAUUGAAAGGGGGUUAGUUCUUUAGCCAGUUUAACUGCAUAGCGUGUUCAUCAUUGUUGGCCUGGUGAACCUAUAAAUAGGCUGCAAGAGUGUAUAUACUUCCUUAAACUAAA